GAGACAGUGACAAUUGGAAGUAAACAACUGUUCAAGACAUGUGUUAAAUAAAUGUUUUUUAUGUUAUUGGCGUAUUAAAAUAGUUGAAAAACUAUUAAGUACAACUAUGUCAUCAAAUCCUCUAAAUGAACUGAAGCGUAGAUUAGACGAUGACAACACUCCAUUACCCAAAAGGUUACGCUUGGCAAAAAAUGUGAUACAUUCAGAUCAUUUCCCUGCUGCACCGAAGGAAAGAAUUGUUGCAGAAUGGUUAGAGAGCAUCACGGAAAGAAAUGGUCUUGCCAGUAAAGAUAUCAGACAUGUUAUAAGCUGGUUGCAAUUUGCUGAUGAAUUAACAAAUGAUCUAAAAUGUAGAUUAAUCAAGGUGGUAUCACACUAUCUUCAUAGCAAUCCAUUAAACAACGAAGACAUACAUUUUAUUAUAAAUUUCUUAGAGAAUGACAAAAUAUCGGCAACACUACAAAAUCAAAUUGAUGAUUAUUUAUUCAUAAUAAUCACAUUACUUCAAAACUUACGUAAUGAUGGAAAAAAUGCUUUAAUUCACAAGUUAUUUUUAAACUUAAUUAAGUACUAUAAGGAAUGUAAGAAAAAACUAAAGUUUGUUAUAAAAUUCUUGGAUGGAGAAAAUUUAGAAACAAUAUUUAGCUAUUUAGAUUCAGAACAUCGUAAUGCAGUGCUAAAUGUUUGUCAAAAUAUCUUAUUCCCGAUUACGAGAAAACCUUUCUUUGUCAAUUUUCUUCAGCAUAUAAUUAAAAAUGAUAAUAUUGAUAAUUUUAUUGCCGAUAAAAGUGAAAAUGUACAAUCGGUCAUUAAAAUAUUGAGUACUUUUUUCAUGUUCCCUAAAGGAAGGACGGGUAAAGAUCAAAAAUUCUUAGUAGAUUUUGUUGAUACAUUUGUCACUUCUUACCGUAAUGAAGGGCAAAUAUUAUUUGCAUUUUACAUAAUGGCGGUUAGUUCUUUAAAUAUACGACAAAGCUAUUUAAACCCAGAAAUGAUAAUACCUUCGAUAACAUUCAAAGAAAACGAUGAUAAAAUAAAAAGGAGUAUAUUUUUGAAAAUGUUGACUACGUUAUUAGAAAAUGAAGUUGAUAUUUCAAUCAAAUUAACUGAUACUAUCGGUGAAAGAAAUAAAGUCGAAAUUAAAAAGAAUUUCAUGUCAUUCUUACAAGCCAGUAUGCUCGGUUGUUUGAAAUUGGAACACAAAACAGAUAAAACCAGUUUACAGAUUAUAAAAACGGCAAUAAAAUUAGAUCCGUCGAUAAUUGAACAAAAGCUCGAUGUUAUUCUGCCACCGAUAAUGACUGGUAAAAAGAGUUCAAAUGUAAAAGAAGCUUAUAUUGAAAUGUUCAAUUGUUUGAUGGAAACAUUAUUUAAAUUAAGCCGUGGUACUGUGUUUGUUGAAAAGCUAUUACCGAACAUAAAAUUAAAAUUAGAAUCUUUGAAUGUAGAACAAUUUGAAUUGAGGCAGAAAUUAAAAGAUAACAUGGAGGAAGAAAAGAUUAAAAAUAAAAUCAUAACUGGUGAUGACAUUUUACCUCAAGAAUGUAUCGAAAUGUAUGGAAAAUGGACGUCGGAAUUGAUGUUUAGACAAAAUAAUGGAUUACUUACUUCUCUGCAAAAGGAUUUGGAAGAAAAUUGCUUAAUGAUGUUGGAAGAAGGAUUUGUCAGUCCAUCAAUAAUCGUAUUGACAGAAGUCCUGUCGGCCAUCUUGUCGUCUUUCUUUCGGUUUAGUAAAAUGGCGGACCAUACAGUGCCGCAACAAAUCGCCGAAGAAUUCUGGUCGACUUUCGAAAAUUUCGGUAACGAGUGUUUAAAAAAAUUUGGUGAAUGCUUAUUAAAAUUGAAUUAUAAUCCACCAUUACUGAUAUCUUUUCUAAAACUUUGCUUGAGUUAUUGCCAGUUGAAACUUUUAAAUUUGAAAUAUGGCAACAUUAAAAUGAAAGAGACAACAAAUGAAUCAACAGAGAUAUUUGACUGCAGUAUUGUGUUGCCAUGUUUGAAUGCAGAUCAAUGGGUGGCAUUAUCCCAAAUGGUACAAGAGGAGGAGGCUGUUAUAACAUGGGAUAAUCUUCUUCUUGUAAAAUUAAUGUUUACACAAGUAUUAGAACUGAAAAAUUCGGAUAAAGUCCAUAAUGAAAUGGAAGCAAUAACUAAAACGCAUAUAAUAAAUCAAUUAUCUGAAUAUUCUAAAGUAAUAACAACAGACACAUAUAUUACAAGAGAAUUAUUCAACAAUUUAGAUCCAAAUCAAGCAAAACAACUCGCAAAAUUAUUGGUGAAGUUGUAUAUUAAUGGCAACAAUUGUGAUAUGUUCCAAAAUGUUGCCAUAAGUAAAAAUAGGAUAUUACUAAAUGCACUCGUAUUAGAAACAACUAAAUGUAUCAUGAGAUGUUUUGAAAACAGCAACAUUCUUACGAAAGCUAUGAAUAAAAGUAACUUUGAAAUUGAAUCAUUUUUACAAAAUUUAAAUGUAAAAGAUUAUUUCAAUGAACUUGCAUUAAAUGAAAAUUAUGAGGAAAAUAUAAUAAAACAUAUCGAUUUAUUAAAAGAUUUGCCUAUUUACAAUUUAGAAGAGAAUAUCAGAUUGACAGCCAUUUUUGUGUUGCUAGCUGUCAAGAAAUGUUGCCAAACGAAAAAAAUACGUCGAAGUAUUGAUAAUAUACUUCUAUCAACUUACGAAUUAAGUCCAAAAUAUCCUGAUUUAUACAAAAUAUUUCCCGUGGAUUUUAUAUUUUCGUUCCAAGACAGUACUAUGCUGAAUUUACUAAAAUUAUCUUCGAAAACAUCAAACAAUAUGAUUAUCAUUAAAUUUAUAUUAGAACUGACAGUGAAGAAAGUAAAAAUAAAUAGUGAAAUAUUAAAAGAACUAGUAGAAAUAUUACUAUCGAAACAACAUUCAAAAAAUGCAAAAAGUAUAGAAUAUUUUAGUGAUACGGUGUUCCAAAUACAAUGCAUCAUCCUACCAAUUAUCGCUAAAGAAAAAAGAGCCAUAACGUCAAGUGCUUUUAGGACUAUUUUAGCGAAUUUACAAGAGAAAUUGCAUCAAACUAUGUUGGAAUCAUUUAUGAACAUCGAUUUUACUAAAAUCGAUGUUGAAGAUGGCAACAUUGAUGAUAGUUUGGUAACUGACCGUGGUGUGGCAACAUUGAACGCUAUUGGCGCGUAUUCUUUGACAUUAUUGAAAUACUGUGAAAUCACUGAUAUUGAAGAAUUAAAGAAAUUAGAUUGCUUAUGGUCUGGAUUGGAGUUUUUCGUUCUGAAUGCUAUUAAAGCUGUCGAAAAUCCGAAAUCUAAAUAUCAACAUAUAGAACCUUCCAUACAAUUAUUAAAUGUUAUACUACGAUAUAUUAAAAAACUAGAAUCACACAACAUAUUCCAGAAAAAAGACGAACUUUUCAAACAAAUAUGGCAGAGUAUUAAAAAUAGACUAUUAAUAAUAUUCGAUAAUUCAUCUAAGAAACGAUUAAAUACAGUUUUAUUGGAAAAUAUCGCAGUGACGUUGAAGUUUUUAGCAGAAUUAUCUUCAGUAGAUUGUUUUGUAACGCAAUUCUUAGGAGAUGUUACUAAUUUGGUCACUUUAAAGAAACCGGCAAUAAUUUUAAAAGACGAAGCUAUGACGAAUUUACAGUUAACAUCACAUCAAACAUCCAAAUAUUUGCUCCAACAUUGUCUUAAAGCAAAUAUAAUUGGUAACAAAUGCGUUGGUAUAACAAAACAAACAUACCAAAUAUGUAAAAACUUAAAACAUUGGAUACAAAUACAUUUCGAAAGCGAAAUAGAGAUUAAUAAAAAAGAUCGGAUAGUAAACAAUGAAAUGAACGAUGAAAGUGAGGUUAACUUGACAGCUGUCAAAGUUGACGACGCCAUUUGCAAUUUGUUGAGAAUCGAUUUGGAUAUGCUGUCAGAAGUCAUUUUGGCGGCAAAAAAGACUACUCUAGAUUAUAGGUUUGUUGAUGCUGUGUUCGAGUUGCAACAUUUAGUUCAGUACAUUCUCGGCCGUAACACUUUGAACACAAAGUGUCAAAUCACUUGGCAAGCUUUCUUCACAUUACAUGAAGGGUCUGUUACUGUGUUGAAUAAUUUGUUACUAUCAAGAGAAGAACUUUUGGAAGACAGAUGGCCAUGCUAUAUGCAGUGCUACAAAGCAUUAAUACAAUGUGUGUGCGAGCGAGUGACGGAUUUACAACAAACGGAUCGGAAUAUUGAACAGAAAUUAGCUGAAACCGCUCAUUCUAUUGAGAAAUUAACACAAUCUAUCUGCAAAAGAAAAGCUCACGUGUCACGAAUAGCGGCGUACGCGGUCGCAGACAUUUGUAUUUGGAUAGAGAAGACAGGACCUCCGAAACUUGUGCGACAACAUCUAGAAAAUUCUAUAGCACUGUUAAUACAGGCGUCAGAUUCUACGUACGCUAUGGCCUUCUUAAGAAGAUCUUUAGCAGGCUCUGUCGGGCAAAUGACAAUGUCUAACAUGUAUUCAAUGUAUAAAAGAUAUCAUAAAUAUGUCGGAAACGCUUAAACUUUUUUAUAAACAAGUUUUUAUAUCCAUUAUCAAAGAUGGCCGAUGCCUGGCUGUUGGUAGCAACUGUUAAGUUAUCGCAAUAAUUUAAAUAUGACAUCAAAUAAAAAAAAUGUAAAUUUCA